UUGGGUUGUUCACACUAUCCUCAUAAUUGUAUGAUUCAAUCACCAUGCUGUAAGGAGUUUUAUUGGUGUAGAUUGUGCCAUGAUGCAGAGGCAUUCCAGAAAUGUAAAUGUAAAGUUGAACAAAUGGAUAGAUAUUCUGUGGAAAGAAUUAAAUGUAUGAGAUGUCAGUUGGAACAGUCAAGUGAUAAUGUAAUUUGUGAAAAUCCAAAUUGUAAUACCCAAUUUGGAGAAUUUUAUUCUUGCACAAUUUGUCACAUUUAUAGUAACGAUAAAAAUCGUUCAAUUUAUCAUUGUGAGGGUUGCAAAAUUUGUAGAAUUGGAAAGAGAGAGCAAUUUAUUCAUUGUUACACUUGUGGAGCUUGUAUGGCUCCAAGUCACAAAUGUAUUCCAAAUUCAAUGCAUUCGAAUUGUCCUGUUUGUUUGGAAAAUCUCUUUUCUUCAACGAGUAGUGUUCACUUAUUAAAGUGUGGUCAUCCAAUGCACUCUAGUUGCUUCAAAUCCAUGCUUAAAAACCGAGUUUACAAUUGUCCACUAUGCCAAAAAUACAUGGUUGAUAUUGAUACUGAAUUAAUGGAUAGAGAAAUUCAAAACUCUCCCAUGCCACAAGAAUUUAGAAAGAAGGUUAAUAUACUUUGUAAUGAAUGCUUGAAUAAGGGUGAAGCUGAUUUCCAUGUCUUUGGAAUGAAAUGUUCAAACUGUGCCAGCUAUAAUACUAAACAAAUC